AUGCCGGUUCCUAGUAGGCAUAUCAAUAUUGGUCGUUCGCAGAGCUGGGAUGCUGCCGGCUGGUACGAAGGCCCCUGGGAGCAUGCUGAGGCUCCGCCACCCCCGGGAAGGAGAAGCUCUCUGACGUAUGGCUCCGGCCAGGGGGCCUGGUGUGAGCUGCUACCACCCCACCGAGCUCAGGACGCCACGCUGCCCGGGUCCCCUGAGCCCUACCUGUACCGGGAGGCCUUUUAUAACUCGCUGGCUGCCAGGAAGGGCUCUGUUCCUGACUUCACCUUCUACAACAGCAGGCAGGCAGUGAUGUCGGGUCGUGGUACCCUCCUGCCACAGGAUUACUACAGCGACCCAUCCAGAGGCACCAGGGCACCCAAAGAGCCACCCUACUAUCGGGACCCAGGAGCGGGUCCGCUGGUGCCCAGCUAUGGAGUACUUGGCAACAGAGUGCCGUGGGAGCAUCUACAAGGCCAGCUGCCUGCCCUGCAGGAUGCCAGCCACCCAUACCCGGAUCCUGGGGAUAAAAUGCUCCCUGCCGGUCAGCGGACAAAAGGCAGGGCCCCAUCUCCUGGGCAUUAUGGAAGGGAACUGCCUGAUGCCAGGUUUGGGGCAGAGACAGCUGCCUACCCACCCAGCCAGGUGUACAACAGUGUUGGGGAGAGACCUGCCGACUCUAAUCCUGCCAAACAGAUGGCUCCGACCUGCCUGGUUGUGGACUCUGGCCCAGAGGCUCCCUCUGAGAGCGGCACCGGCGUGGCCCCAGGUUCCCUGAAUCGAGGCUAUGGGCCUCCCCGGGAAAGUGUCCACUCUAAGAUGGCUUAUGAGAAUUAUGAGGCUGACCUGCCUGUGUUGCAGGGACCCACUGGCAAGAGGACUGUGCUCCCAGAGUUCUUGGCACUACUUCGGGCAGAGGGUGUCGCGGAGGCCACUCUGGCGGCCCUUCUGCAGCAAGGCUUUGAUUCCCCAGCUGCCCUGGCCACCCUGGAGGAUGCAGACAUCAAGUCUGUGGCACCCAACCUCGGCCAGGCGCGCGUCCUGAGCCGCUUGGUCAGCAGUUGCAGGACUGAGAUGCAGCUUCGGAGGCAGACUCGCGCAGGCUCCCUGCCCCGCAUGCGGUCCAGCAGCUUCAGCCAUCGGAGUGAGAUGCUGCCCAGUGAUUUGGCCUCAUUGGGGGCCACAGCCCUGCAGCCCCAGCCUGCGGGACCCCUGCAGAUGGCUUCUCCCCAAGCUGGAGACCUGGCUCGCCGCCCUUCUAGUGCACCCUCUCAGCAUCUCCUGGAGACAGCCACUUACUCUGCCCCUGGGGCAGGCCCUCAAGUCCCGCAUCUUCCCUCCAACUCGGGCUAUAGCUCUCCCACCCCUUGCGCCCUCACAGCACGGCUGGGUCCUUCUUACCCUCAGCAAGCUGGGGUGGCCUUGUUGAACCCGGGCCCCUCAGUCCCCCUUCACUCGGGCCCCAGAACAGCCUAUUCCACCUCGUACACGGUACCCAUGGAGCUGCUGAAGCGGGAGCGCACUGUGGUUGCCUCUCCACUGCCCAGCCCCCAUGGCAGCCCCCAGCUCCUGCGGAAGCCUGGAGUCCCUGUGGAGCCAUCUACCUUGCCACCAGUCAGCCAAAGCCUGCACACACCACACUCACCGUACCAGAAGGUGGCCCGGCGGACAGGGGCGCCCAUCAUCGUGUCCACCAUGCUUGCACCAGAGCCAAGUAUCCGCCCCCAGAUCAUGAACGGCCCCCUGCACCCUCGCCCCCUGGUGGCGCUGCUAGAUGGCAGAGACUGCACUGUGGAGAUGCCCAUCCUGAAGGAUCUGGCCACGGUGGCCUUCUGUGAUGCGCAGUCCACGCAGGAGAUCCACGAAAAGGUAUUAAACGAGGCGGUGGGUGCCAUGAUGUACCACACCAUCACCCUCACCAGGGAGGACCUGGAAAAGUUCAAGGCGCUGAGAGUGAUUGUGCGAAUUGGCAGUGGCUAUGACAACGUGGACAUCAAGGCUGCUGGAGAGCUGGGGAUCGCGGUAUGCAACAUCCCAUCUGCAGCUGUGGAAGAGACAGCCGAUUCCACCAUCUGCCACAUCCUCAAUCUGUACCGGCGGAACACGUGGCUGUACCAGGCACUACGGGAAGGCACACGGGUACAGAGUGUGGAGCAGAUCCGAGAGGUGGCUUCUGGAGCAGCCCGAAUCCGUGGAGAGACACUGGGCCUCAUCGGCUUUGGUCGCACAGGGCAGGCGGUCGCUGUUCGAGCCAAGGCCUUUGGAUUCAGCGUCAUAUUUUAUGACCCCUACUUGCAGGAUGGCAUAGAGCGAUCCCUGGGCGUGCAGAGGGUCUACACCCUACAGGAUUUGCUGUAUCAGAGUGACUGUGUCUCCUUGCACUGCAAUCUCAAUGAACAUAACCACCACCUCAUCAAUGACUUUACUAUAAAGCAGAUGAGGCAAGGAGCAUUUCUAGUGAAUGCUGCCCGAGGUGGCCUGGUGGAUGAAAAAGCCUUAGCCCAGGCCCUUAAAGAAGGCAGGAUACGAGGGGCUGCCCUUGAUGUGCAUGAAUCUGAGCCCUUUAGCUUUGCUCAGGGUCCAUUGAAAGACGCACCAAAUCUCAUCUGUACUCCCCACACAGCCUGGUACAGUGAACAAGCCUCCCUCGAAAUGAGAGAGGCAGCAGCCACAGAGAUCCGCCGAGCGAUCACAGGUCGCAUCCCAGAAAGCUUAAGAAACUGUGUUAACAAGGAAUUCUUCGUCACAUCAGCUCCUUGGUCAGUAAUAGACCAGCAAGCAAUUCAUCCUGAGCUCAAUGGUGCCACAUACAGGUUUAAUUGUAGAGAUACCAUCCAAGAAGCACAGAUCCUCUGGAGUAUAACAUGGGCUCUGAGAGGUCACAGAUUGAAAGAGCCAACCUGUGGACGUCCUUCAAGAUUUCUGACCAGUAGUUAAACAGGUCAGGUAGGCCAGAAUCUAGGGAUCCCAGGGAAGGGUGGUCU